AUGCCGGAAGAAACCUAUAAUGUUGUUUGUGACUUGACGGAUGACUUUCGUCAGUUCUUCCGUGUUGAUAGAUAUCAGACGUACAACGAGUUUCAUGAUCUUCUUGUUGCGUUUCAAGCGCAUACGGGCUCGUCUUACGUUAAGCGCCACACAGUGAGGUGGCCUGCUGACGCCGUUGAUAGACAACACCUAGUCUACGCCAGAGCCCACUUCGAAUGCGUUCGUUACGGCUGGUCAGAGAGCAGCGCUACCUCUCGUCCCGUUGUCAGCAAACGCAUAGGUUGCAAGGCCUACGUCGUCAUUCAAACCUACAAGGGCUGGGUGGAGAUCUUUCACCUUAAUAUGCAGCAUAACCACGAGAUCACACACGAAGAUGCUGGUCACAUUCCAAGACAACCACGGCGAUUCCGAGCUGCUGUGACCGCGAAUAAGCAAGAAAAUCACCAGGACAUCAAGUCGGUCAUUGACCUUGGCGAUUAUGCUUACGUUGGCACACCAGGUAAGUCGGGGUUCGAGUGCGUGCCUACUUCCUACCACUUUUGUCUAGAUUGUCAGAGGGAAAGCGUCGGACCUCCGCCUGAAUUCAUUCCGCAAAGCAUUCGACGGCUUCGACGUCGUCCGCGGUCCCAACUCCCCGCCACGUCCGAGGGUAAUUCAGGCAAGGAGGAGGAAGGUGUGGAGAAUUACCUCGUGGAAGACGGUGAAAUGUCGGCUGUGCGGCAUCACGAACAGGCCCUCCGCGAGGACACUGAGCAGACGGCCCUGCUGAACGGUCACGUGAACGCGAUCCGUCAGUUGGCAGUGGACUUUUGCCUCGUUGACCCCAACGGUGAG